UGGCUCACUGCUGGCUGCAAGGCCCACGGCUACGCCCUGUCCUUUAAGGACAUCGCCAACGCCGCCAAGUGCCGGUGGGGAUCGAAGGUGGUAGACGCCAUCCUGAUGAUCUCCAACACCAUCAACAACAGUGAGCGGAUCAAGUCAGCAGUACACGCCGCUCAGGUGACGGCCUACAGCAGCAUUAGGGCGAUUGCUGUUAACGCGCCUACCCGCUUCGCAUGCCAGCUGUUCAUUGCGAGGGACAUUCACGCUUCUAAGGCAGCACUAAAGGCCACGGUCCUCAGCGAGGAUUGGGCGGACGUCAGCAGCAGCAGCAUCCACGGCAACAGGCUGCGUGACGCUAUCCUAGGCAACGGGGAGUACAGCUCGUUUUGGCAGCGGCUUGACCGGUACUUGGAGCUGAUGCAGCCUUUCAGCGACGCUAUCCACCAGCUGGAGGCUGACAGGCCCAUGCUCAGCCAGGUUCACGACGUGCACCUGAAGCUGCACGAGCACACUGCAGCGUUUGAGAAGAAGUACCCGGAGUGCAAGGGCGUUGUGGCGCUGUACAACGACCGCUACAAGAGCACCAUCUACGACGCUGCGACCCUAGCCGCCUUCUGCAUCGACCCC